GUUUUUGUUCAAAGAAGGUAAGUUAGCUUCAGCAGCACGUUUGGAAGAAGUUGCAUUAUGUCUAACUCGUGAAAAGACGGUGCUCCACCCUUAGCAAAGAGUAAACAACGCCUACUAGACAGUUUAUACAAGAUUUGUUUUGAAUUUGUUUUGCGUUUGGGCUCGACAGGCUUCAACAGGGUAGAGUGUAUCAUCAGUAAAGACCUUUCAACAAGUUGUCAUUUUUGUUGGGAUUUGUUGCCUAACAUGCGUCUACACGGGUCAAUGAAUAUACUAGGAGCAGCAGUGUUGGUUCUGCUGGCCGGCUGUCAGCAAUGUGUCUCCACUGACACUCCACCAGAGGUCAGGCAGAACAAUAGUACUCUGUACGGAGCCUGCAAAAUGAGACCCAGCACCUCACUCCCUGAAGGCCUGCCAAAAGUGUACGGUCAGGUGCUGUUUAAGCAGGACUAUCCUGAGGGGGAACUCAAGGUGCUCCUUCAGUUCAGUGGCUUCCCCACAGAGAGCGCCCCAGUGCCCAGAGCGGUGCACAUCCAUCAGUUUGGAGACCUGAGCCAGGGGUGUGACUCCACUGGAGGCCACUACAACCCACACAGCGUACACCACCCAGACCACCCUGGGGACUUCGGUAACUUUGUGGCUCAGAAAGGAAAGAUCAAUACGAUGAUAGAGUCUGAGGCCACGCUGUUCACAGGGCUGUCUGUGAUUGGAAGAGCCGUGGUGAUCCAUGAGGGGGAGGACGACUUGGGGAGAGGGGGAGACGCUGGGAGCCUGCUGAGUGGAAACGCAGGCCGGAGGCUUGGCUGCUGCAUCAUUGGGAUUUCUCCCCCCAGCCUCUGGAAUAUGAAGUAUGAGGUGUAUAAUAAACGUAAGCUUGUGGAUGCUGGCAUGUAGGGCAAUUAAAGAGACGUUUCCUUGAUUAACUCAUUGAUUGGAUCCAUUGUAUCCCUUAUCAAAAAUGGUGGGAAAGUGUCUUGAGAAUUCAACUGCUCCUAAAAUAAAUGCUUCCUUCCUUUAA